AUGUCUGGAAUAGGAUUCGUAGGAGAGCCUAUAAUAGUUGAUAGUGGGAACGUUGAGUACAGCAAAGAUGAGAUCAUUUCUCGUUACGAGUACCGUGAAGCCAGAGUUGUUGGUAACCGUGUGACUCCUCUGAACGAGAACCUUAUUUUUAAAACUCAAAGACACGUUCCUAAGACAGGCGUCCUCCUGGUCGGAUGGGGUGGCAACAAUGGCACGACUUUGACAGCAGGAAUACUAGCGAACAAGCUCAAAACGACAUGGAUGACUAAAGAAGGCGAACAUCAUUCAAAUUUCCUAGGUAGCAUCUGCCGUUCAGUUACCAUGAGGGUAGGUAUUGACCACAAUCUGCAGCCUGUCUACGCCCCUCUCUUCAACGUAAUCCCUAUACUUGACCCUGUAGACUUAGAGAUCUGGGGAUGGGACAUUUCUAGCAUGAACAUUGCAGACGCCAUGAAUAGAGCCAAAGUUUUGGACUACGACCUUCAAAGAAAGCUUUAUCCUGAACUCAAAGAUAUGGUACCUUGGCCAUCUGUGUACUCUGAAGACUUUAUAGCUGCAAAUCAGUGCGAUAGGGCAGAUAACAUCAUUCGUGGAAACAAGCAAGAACAAUUAGACUUAACUUAACUUAACUUAAAUUAGAGGGAGGCGUCUGCCAUAUUGGUUUCGCAGUCACCAAGGACCUUCCCAUACGGGUGGUUCAUCCGCUUUGCGCCGUCUUCAGCUUCGCCUUGAUUAUGAUUUGCCGGGCAAGUGUUCGGCUCUAACACUGCCUUUCUUCUACUUCAGCGCCUGAUGCCAUGGCACUUCUGAAGUGUGGGUCCUGCUUCGUACGUCUCCUCCUUCCCUUGUCGGGUUCAGUGUUGAGUAGGCGGACUAUGGACUUCUGCGGCUGCUGCAUGGUCACGAGGUUGGCUAUCCAAAAAUCCAAAAAAAUGGAAUUUCUGGCCGAUCUCUCGGCAAAAAGGAAAAGUCUAGAUCCCGGGAUGUAACGUCCGGCUUCACGCUAGGCAGUUGCCCGAUUGGUCUGGGUAUUACCUACAGACUUAGCUGGGCUUGCCCUUUCCAAAUCUAAACCCUCCUUUCCCUCGAGGUAAAACCCCAACCCUGGAAUCGGACUAGGGCUAGGGCUCUGUGCAUUACCAGAAUUGCUUACCUAGCAUUGCCGUCCAUUUUUAGAUUGGUAAAACUUUGUCGGAUAUAAUUAAAAUAUGUGCUCGGAAGCUGCGUGGCCGGAGGCCAUGCUAGGUGGAGACGCCAUAUUUUAAUUAUCAAGAACAAUUAGACACUUUGAGACAAAACAUCAGGGACUUCAAACAGCAAAGAGGCAUUGAAAAGGUUAUUGUAUUAUGGACAGCUAACACCGAGAGAUAUGCAGAAAUUAGAGCAGGCCUUAAUGAUACCGCCGAUAACCUUUUGGGAUCAAUUGAAGCCAAUGAAGCAGAAAUUGCACCAUCGACACUCUUUGCAGUGGCUAGUAUUUUGGAAGGGUGCACUUAUAUUAACGGAUCACCACAAAAUACUUUUAUACCUGGCGUGAUUGAACUUGCAGAAAGACACCAAAUACUUAUAGCUGGGGAUGAUUUCAAAACUGGCCAAACUAAGAUUAAGAUAAGCCGUUCGCACUUGCAGGGCUGGGUAUUUCCACCCAUACACGCUCAUCGCUCCCGAGGAGCCCCGGCGUACACCCUCCUUGUUACCGCAAACAAGGGAUUCGCACAACCAGUCUUGACUUCCAUGGCUUCUGGAGCCUAAGGGCCAACCACCUGGGUCGAAACUCCCAGUUUCUCGUUGGACAAAUGCCAUCUCUUGAGUCCUGCUCGAGGAAGUUAGCCUCCCCUCGGGACUGUCGCCGAUCUUGUCCUUUCCAAUGGUUGUUCUGGAGGUAAAAGCCCGAGUCCCACGGAUUAGCUCCAUAGGGCCCGAGUAAAACCUAGCCCGACAUACACAAAGGGUUUCCGGCUUCUUUCCACCUAAUUCGCCAACACUGGGCCUUUGCCUGCUGCUGUUGAGGAAAUAGGGUCGAGAGGUCUGGUGGCACGUCAUCGCCAUUUUUAUAUAUAUGGCCAAACUAAGAUAAAGACUGUGCUCUCAGACUUUUUAAUCAAUUCUGGGCUCAAGCUAUGCUCAAUUGUCAGCUACAAUCACUUAGGCAAUAACGAUGGGAAAAAUCUCAGCGCCCCUAAGACAUUCAGAUCUAAAGAAAUUUCCAAAAGUGGAGUCAUCGACGACGUCAUUUGCGCCAAUAGACUUAUUUACGGAGAAAAUGAGCAUCCAGACCACUGCGUUGUAAUCAAAUAUGUCCCUUACGUAGGAGAUAGUAAAAGAGCUAUGGACGAGUAUACAAGUGAAAUUUUCAUGGGAGGAAGAAACACAAUAGUCCUGCAUAACACUUGUGAAGACUCGCUUCUGGCUGCCCCGAUUAUUAUGGAUCUUAUUCUUCUCGCUGAACUCUGCACAAGAAUACAAAUAAAAAGAGUAGAAGAUGAAGAAUUUUCAAGGAUGCACCCAAUUUUGAGCAUUUUAAGCUUCUUGUUGAAGUCUCCUCAAGUGCCUGAAGGAUCUCCUGUUGUGCACUCUUUGUUUAAUCAGAGAUACUCGAUCACCAACUUUAUUAGAGCACUUGUUGGACUUCCUCCAGAAACUUUCAUGCUACUUGAACACAAGAUUCCUUCUUUGCAAAACCAUGCAUCAUAA